AAAGAGAACUUGCCUUCAAUUGUCCAAGCCUAUCGUCAUGGAAAGAGUUACUUUGUUGCGGCUCGCACAGGAAUAAACCCCAAGAAACAACACUGGCCAGAGAUGUGUGUUGAUACUUUUUAGCAGGACAUUGGUUGGUUUCUGAUGUUGCUUUAUUUUCCAAUUUAAAGCAUCGACUGAAGAUGCGCAGGAACCUGUUUACAAGGGAAACGCUGCAAGUAUUAGUCUGAGGGACUGCGGAGCAGGCUCACAAUGCACCGGGAUACCAUUACUCAUCCCUCUGUUUUUCUCCACGCCGGGGCACUUUGUUUCCCGGAUGUUUUCAUCAAGGAACGUUUUAGGAUCUGUAAUGGCAAACAAGGGUCCGACAAGUGAACAAAGCGAGGCUGCAGUACCGUUUCUGAAGGAUUAAAACAACCCACGGUGCUUAUGGAGGAGCUCUUCGGUGAAACCAGUUUUGUACCUGUUGUAUUUGUGAUGUAAAGAGAGGAAGAGAGGAAUGUUAUGAGGAAGUUAUUGAGUUAUAACACAUUUACAGCCUGACGUUGUUGUUAGACUUUUAAGCACAGGACAAUAGAGCCUCAAUGGGCUGAGGAUGCUAGUGGUCACAGUAGGUAUAUUUUAGACUUUUUUGGCGGAUAGAAGUAAUAGUUUUACACAACUGUUGUCUUCUCCUGUUUAUUCUAAGUGUCAGAUUAUUCAAUUUACUAAAGUCAUAGACUACUGUGACACCUGAUCCAACAGCUGCCAUGUAAUUUGAGACGAGUUUAAUUAUUAAAGUGAGCUAGUGUCAGAUGUUUCCAAAACAGUAGCAUAAUUAUACUCUAGGCACUAUGUGCAUGUAGGUUUUUCUUGCUGUUGGACCCACUGGAGAAUCAAGAUGUCAGCGAAAGCCAAAGCACUCUACACUUUCCAAAGUGAAAACAAAGAGGAGAUCAGUAUCCAGGAGAAUGAGGAGCUGGUUAUCUUCGACGAGAACUCGGUGGACGGAUGGUUUCAAGGGGAGAACAGCCGAGGGGAGAAGGGUCUCUUCCCAGCAUCCUAUGUGGAAGUUAUUCGCACUCGCUCAAACUCUAACGUGACAAACUGCUCCAUCAGCCCAGCAGGGUCUUUGGGAAAUGACUCCUCCUUUUUAUCAUCAUCAACCCCAAACACCUCUUUGACUUUGCAAUCGAAUAUCUACGACAAUGAUGAAGAUGAUGAUGAUGACUGGGACGACUGGGAUGACAGGUCGACGGUUGUGGACGAUGGUGACCACAGGAGCCCUGGGGCCAAUGGACACCCCCAUCACAGCCCACUGUCAAACAAUCCCAAUGUGCACUACCGGGCCAAACCACACAUGGAGAGACAGGACAGCAUCUCCGGCUCGAGGAAAGGCAGCGUGGUGGGCAGGAACUUGAACAGGUUUUCCAGCUUUGUCCGCUCAGGGGUGGAAGCGUUUGUGUUGGGGGAUGUACCCAUGAUGGCGAAGAUAGCUGAGUCAUACACCAUUGAGAUGGGUCAAUUGGGGCCAGUUUGGCAGGCGAGCCCAAAGCCUUUCUCCUGUUCCGUCGAAGACCCCACAAAACAGACAAAGUUCAAGGGUAUCAAGACGUACAUUUCCUACCGUGUCACGCCGAGCCACAUAGGGCGUGCCGUGUACAGACGCUACAAACAUUUUGACUGGCUGUACAACCGCUUACUGCACAAGUUCACUGUGAUCUCCGUGCCUCACCUGCCUGAGAAGCAGGCCACGGGGCGAUUUGAGGAAGACUUCAUCGAGAAGCGCAAAAGGCGACUGAUACUGUGGAUGAACCACAUGACCAGUCACCCAGUACUCUCCCAGUAUGAAGGCUUAGAGCACUUUCUAAUGUGUACUGAUGACAAGCAGUGGAAAUUGGGCAAGAGGCGGCAAGAAAAGGACGAGAUGGUUGGUGCCCAUUUCAUGCUGACCCUUCAGAUCCCCAACGAGCACCAGGACCUUCAGGAUGUAGAGGAGCGCAUCGACACCUUCAAGGCCUUUGCUAAGAAAAUGGAUGACAGCGUUUUGCAGCUCACACAUGUUGCUUCGGAGCUGGUUCGUAAACACCUGGGUGGGUUCAGGAAGGAGUUCCAGCGGCUGGGAAAUUCUUUCCAAUCUAUCAGCCAUGCGUUCACGCUGGACCCUCCCAACAGCUCAGAGAAUCUCAACAAAGCCAUCUCCCAUACGGGCCGCACCUACGAGAACAUUGGAGAGCUGUUCGCAGAGCAACCUAAGAAUGACCUCUUCCUUAUGCUGGACAAGCUGUCCCUCUACCAAGGCCUGCUCGCCAACUUCCCGGACAUUAUUCAUCUACAGAAAGGUGCCUUCGCCAAGGUGAAGGAGAGCCAGCGGAUGAGUGACGAGGGGAAGAUGGACCAGGGCGAGGCCGAUGGCAUCAGGAAACGCUGCCGGACAGUUGGCUUUGCCCUGCAGGCGGAGAUGAGCCACUUCCACCAGCAGCGAGAGGUGGACUUCAAACAGAUGAUGCAGGCCUACCUCACGGAGCAGAUAGCCUUUUACCAGCGCGUUGUGCAGCAACUGGAGCGCACCCUGCGCAUGUACGACGGUCUGUAGAGACACCAAACUGCUGCCUGGUUCAAGAUGCCAAAAACUAGAGAAGAGAAGGAAAAAGGAAGAUUUCGACUCUUAUCAAGGCGGUUUGAGUGGUAUUGGAAGAGUUGGAAAAGACUUGCAGAUACAUUAAGCAAUAAUUACUGGAAUGACGUACUAAGCCAGUCUUUCACUUUGACGGAUAUAAAGUCAAAACAUUUUGAGACCUACUGUACCUUUAUAUUUCUGAAAUACACAUCACAUAGGCAAUGUUGCAACAUAUUGUUUAUUUUACAUAAUUUAAGGUGAUUGUAACAUUAAAAUAUGAAUAUAGGUUACAGAUUUAUACCUAAUCUGUAUUUUAUUGUACAGUGUAACACCAUGAAACGGGUUCUGUUUGUCCCCUUCUCUCCAACAUCAUGCACUUUGGAUUCUCCUGGGACUGAUUCAUAGCUUCCAAAAUGUACAAUUAUCAAGGAAAACUACUAUAAUAUUCUGGUUCAUUAACCACCAUCAGAAAAACAUUCCAGAUGCUCUUCAAUAUAGCAUUUUAGGAUUUUAUUGCAGUCACUGGCAAUGAAAAUAUAUCAUUUUUGGCAAAAUUACAAUUACAUUGGGAAUGCACCUUCAUCUCGCUCAGAUGUUCACUGCAAUUAAAUGCAUAUAAUUUUGUCUGGUAUCUCGAGAAGUCACAAAUAUAUAUCUUAACUUUGCACCAUGUGGAAGACUUACUGAUAUGAUAUUCAGUUUAAUAGUUACAGGUUUAGUAAUGUCAUUUUUCUACGAUUUUCAUGCAGAAAGUGCCUUUACUUUAUCCAAGGCAUUCUGAUGGAAUAUUUUUAAAUGGACCAUUUGUCUGUAGUAUGGCUUGUGUUUUAUAGGGGGAAUUAUUUCGAAUGAGUUGCAUUUAGUAAAACGUUUGCACAUGUUUUUAUACAGUAGUGGGUUAUACUGUGGGGUGUGUGUUUAUGUGUGGGUGAGUGAGUGAAAUGAAAUGAACUACUGUGCUGAUCAAUUGCCUUUUCCAUCGUGUAACACAAAAUGUUUGAUAUGUAGCAGAAGGUUUGCCUAGCCUACAAGUAUGAACAUUAUCAGACAGUUGAGGUGAAUGAACUGGUUGUGUGACGCAGACGAUGGACUUAGCAUUUAAUUGCAAUUUCCUGAGUUGUGUAGUCACAAUAUAUCAGAGAACAGUGUUCCAACAAUUAUUUUAAUUUGUCUGUCAACGAGUGAGGUUAACACACUGGUUAUGCAGUCUAUGGUCCGACUGAUUGCCUUUGCAUUUCCACUAUUAAGAAACUGGGUGCGUGACAUUUCACUGUUUGCUAUUACUCAGCAGUGUUUGAUAUGCCAGAGGUUAUAGGCAGAGCUAACACACCAAACACAUUUUUCAACUCACCUGUGUGCGUGUGUACCAGCGUUGUGCUUUCCCCCGACUAGUGUGGCGGGUAGACGGUUAAUAUGGCUUAACAAACAGUCAUGACAAAAAAAAUGAAGCCCAAAUAGUUACUUUAUCAAUAGUUUUACACAGUUUUGCAAUAAAUUACAUGCGAAGAUUGAUACCACUCAAAUGAAUGGGCUAUAAAGGUUUCAACUAGCAGGGGAUUAGCUUAGUUUAGCUUAUCAUGAGGACUGGAAACAGGCUAGCAGCUAGACUGGCUGUGUCCAAAACUUGUCUCACUAUUUAAAAAGGUCAUAUUUUGUAUUUAUUUAAUAUGUACGAAACCAAAGUGUAAAGCUUUAAUUGGUUGUGUUAUGUGUUAAACCACAUUCUGGUUUCUGGUAGGCAGAAUGAGUCAGCUGUUUCCAGUCUUUAUGCUAAGCUAAGCUAACUAGCCACUGACUAUAGCAUUAAGUUGAUCCUGCAGAUAUCAGGCAAAGUGCUUUCAAUCUUUUCAUCUUUCAGCAAGGAAAAUAACACACAUAUUACCAACAUUUUUGAGAUAUUCUUUUAAUUAUAGGCUAUAGAUAAUAUAUCUUACUUCACUUCUUACAGCUACGAUCAUGUUGAAGUGUCACACUUUACAUUUAGUUUUCCACACAGGAUGAGUUAUAAGUGACAGUAAGGAUUCAUUUUCUACUGUUUGUGUUUAUUUCUUAAUAACAGUUGUUCCACUAACAUUACUCAUCCUCUUUAACAAGAAAGAAAACAAAUCAUGGCAACUUUUGGGUUGACGAGACUAUGUCAACCUAAGAGUUUAAUGUGGAGUCUGCGUUGCAUAAUCAGCAUUACCUCGAGAAGUGAAGGAAGUGUUUUCUUGUGAGCUUAACACGCUUCUCCAAGAGCAAUUUCCAGUGUUUAUUCCUCAGCUGAUUAUUCAUUUUGAUGGAAGAGGGUUGGAUCUGUCAGUGGUGUGGAUGAAAGGUGAAAUGAAAAAGGAUUUUCUGACAUCUCUGCCUGGUGUUUAUGAGUGUCAGAAUGUGAGUUUCAAGCCUUAUUAUGGUUCUGCCACAACAAAGAAGUGCUGAUCAGUGCAGGUUUCAGUAAACAAAUGUGCCUGUGUGUGAGAGUGUGUGCGUGACUCAGAUAUGAGUGUCUCAGUUACUGGUACUGUUCAGCCCACAUCUGCAGCCUUUAACGCUUUGCUGUCUGAAUCGGGUGUUGUUUAUGUCUAUUUUUGAACAAACAUUUCCUUUUCUUACUUCAGCAUUUCUAUUUUAUUUCUGUCAGCAAUUGCGCUCAAUUGCAGUUUCUCCGAGACCAAAGAAGUCAGACAUGUUCUGCUUCCUUUUUUACUUUGUUAGGUUAAAGUAAAAUCUAAUGUGCUGUCUGGUUUUGUAAUUGAAUCCGUUCUACUCUGAGGAAAAUGUGAAGAGAGAAUUUGGAAUAUCUAACAAAAACACAUUCCAUGAAGAAACUUUAGGACAGCGCAGAAAAAGACAGAUUUUGGGCAAAAGAAAGAAAUGCAAGGUGAAAAAGGAAAAGGGUGAAAAUCAUUAAAGAAGUGCUUGAAACCCUAAUGAGACUUUUCUCUCAUGUUCUAGAGCUGCAUGAUAAGUUAAAUGCUAGGUAUUUCACAGAGGGGACUGUUUCUUAACAUGAAUGUGUGAGCGGGUGAGGUGCAGGAACUCUAUGCUUCAGCUUCAAUCUCUGAAAUAACAGAUGGUGUUUUUCCGUAAGUAAUUUGUCCCUUGAUUUAAGGGAAGGGGACCGAAAAAUGUUAAUAAAAGCAAUGAGGCUGAA